AUGGCAAACAGGGAUACUCAUCAAGGUUACUACACUCUAUCAUGCAUGCUAGAAAGUCUGCAUGAACAAUUCAGAUCAGGAGUGUAUGGGCCACACACAAAUCCUGAAAGAGAGGAACUAUGGCUAGAACUUGCAGCAAUCAGAUCUAUCUGGAAUGAGCAAUGGGUUAUAGGGGGUGAUUUCAACGUUUGUAGGUAUGAAAGUGAAAGAUACAAUUGUGUUAGAAGGUCCAGGGCCAUGGUAUCCUUCUCAGACAUCAUUCAAGACCUGGGUAUUAUAGACUUGCCUCUACAAGGAGCUUAUUAUACCUGGUUCAGAGGUGAAGACUCAUUGCAAGCUUCAAGAAUAGACAGGUUCUUGAUUUCCCCUGAAUGGUGCGACAGUUUCAAAGCUAUCAAGCAGCUAGCCCUCCCAAGAGUGGAGGGUUUCAUUGAUAAGGUUAAAAAUUGGUGGCAGAGCUAUGUGAUACGAGGCAGCCCAGAUUUUAUACUUGUGCAGAAACUGAGAAGGCUCAAGGCAGACAUCACUAAUUGGAACAGAGAGGAGUUUGGCAGACUGGAAACACAAAAGACUAAACUAUUGGAGGAGUUAGAAAUGCUGGAGCAAACAACAGAGAGCAGGACCCAAGCACAAGUUGAAAAGGAGAAACUAAUGCAGAUAAGAGUGGAAUUACAGCAAAUAGCAAGGGUUGAGGACAUCUUAUGGAGACAAAAAUCAAAAUGUUUAUGGCUUAAAGAAG